AUGAGGAGCAAGGGAUACAGAAGAGGAACCAGGUCGCUGUUUUCUCAAGACCACAGGAAACAUGGGGUUGCACAUGUAUCAAGGUAUCUUGAGAAGUAUGAGAUAGGAGACAUGGUGGAUAUUUUGGUGAAUCCAUCCAUGAUGAAAGGAAUGCCUCACAAGUACUACCACGGGCGAACAGGGCGUGUCUAUGACGUAAAGCCCAGAUCUGUUGGUAUUGCCCUUUACAAGAGAGUUCGAGGGAAGUAUGUGAUCAAGAAGGUGAUUGCACGUGUUGAGCAUGUGAGAAAGAGCAGAUGCUGCGAGGAGAGCCAGAAGAGGAUCCGUGAGAUAUCCGAGAUGACCAAGGAGGCCGAAUCCAAGGGAAUGGUGCUUCCACCAAUCAAAAGGAAGAUCGAGGGCCCAAGAAAGGAAAUGGUGAUAUCUCUUGAAAACAAUCAGCCUAUUGAGGUUGGCUACGAACCUCAUAUAGUGAUCUUCUAA